ACCAGGUACCAUCCACUACUCUUUGAUUGUGGUGAACUGUAGCCUCAGUUUCUUUUUCAUAACUGACAGGACUGGCACCAUGUGGGGUUUUCUGCUGCUGGAGCCCAUCAGCUUCAAGGUUUGAUGUGUUGUUUAGUCAGAUCUUGUGCAUACUGUGGCUGUAAUUAUUUAAAUUACAGUUAACUAAGUCACUGGAUAUUUUCUUUUAUUCAGACAACUGUAUAAACCCUACAGGUGUUUGUGUGGUAAAAUCCCAGUAUAUCAGCAGUUUGAGACCAGGCCGUCUGGUACCAACAUCCAGACCAUGUUCGAAGUCACUUUAAUCACUUUUCUUCUCCCAUUCUGAUGCUCAGUUUGAACUUCAGGAGGUCAUAUUGACCAUGUCUGCAUUUCUAAAUGCACUGAGUAUUGGCUGGUUAGAUAUUUGCAUUAACAGCAGAUGGAUUGGUGCAGUUAUAAAUGGCUUAUCUGUCUUACCUUAUGAGUAAGAAGUCUAUGCUCAAAAACCAACUGGUCAUUUGAUAAAUAAAAUCAUCCAGUUAAACUGAGUAAAUUAUUCCCCCCGAGUUAACAAUUGUAAACUUCGGUGCCGACAUCCAUGCCCUGAUGUGCGGAUGGUGCCAUCAACACUUCCCACAACAGAUGGAGCUGUGUUCACCUCUGGCGGAGUGAACUUCAGUGUCAGAGGCAGGGCUGAGUCAGCCCGCAGGAAUUAGGAAGUGUGUGUUUACGCCUGAUUCAACGCUACAUACGACAGCGAGCAGGAACAGAAAUGUCAGCAUCUGCUACACAGCCAGAGCUGAGGCUGGUGGUGCUGGGCCGGAGUGGGGCAGGGAAGAAGACUGCAAUAUGCAAAAUCCUCGGCCUGCAAGACUACCAGCAGGACACAGAUGAUGAUGCUGUCCAGGAGUGCAGCAAACACAGAGGGGAAGUCGCGGGCAGACAGGUGGUGAUAGUCUCUAGUCCAGCCUGGUACGGUUCAGGUUGUAACUCAGAGGAAAGAAGAAAUUACAUUUCCUCCUUCAUUGCCUCAUCCAGCCCUGGACCACACGCCUUUCUGCUCUGUGUCCCAGCAAACCAGCCGGCUGAUGAAGAGGCCAAGGCACUGGAUGUCCUGAAGAAGCUCUUUGGUUCCUCUGCUGUAAGCAGAAAUACCAUCAUACUCUUCACCCACACAGAUGUGCUGGAUGAGGACGAGCAGCUGGAAGAAUACCUCGUCACAUGGCGAAAGGACCUAAUGGAGCUGGUGGAGAGAUGUGGAGAGCGCUACCACACCCUGGAAGCCCGCAGUGGAGAACAAGAUGGAAGGACAGCGGUGGAGGAGCUGCUGGAGAAAGUCGAGCAGGCAGUUAUGAAGAGUGGGGGUUUACACUUUAGCUGCCCUCUGUACCAGGAGGCUGAGGAAAGGGUGAGAGAGAGGCAGGCAGAGAUAGUGAGACAGAGAAGAGAGGAGCUGAAUGACCAGGUGUCUCCCACAGACUCCCAACUGGAGAAUGAGGAAGAAUUGGAAGAGGUCCGGGAAGAAGCAGAGAGGAGCAUAGGUGACCUGAAUGUGGAUGUAGAUAGCAUUUUUCCCUCUACUGAUGUUUCACCUUCCACCUCUGCUCCGUCUUUCCUCGGGGGCUUGUGGGAAAAGCUGACAGGGUGGAUUAGGUGGCUGUCCUCUCUGGUGAGAAGGGAGUCGCUGCUGGGGUCACUGGUCGGCCUGUUCGUGGGAGGGACGUAUGGAGGUAUGGUUGGGGCCACUGUGGGGUCUGUGGCUACUGAAGUGGGGCGAAGAAAAACAGAGAAAACUAAAUGAGAAGCAAUCUCAUGUUUAAGUUGCACCUUAAAGCCACUCUACUGUGUUCCACAAACCACUGUAUUACUGGGCUGUGGGCUUACCCACUAACACAAAAUAGCAUGUUUCCCUGAUUACAAAUAAUGCUUUAUAGAUCAGUUUUAACUCGUAAAUAAGGACAAUUUAGGGUUUGCUGGAUUUGAAAAAUCUUUUGGCUGGUAUGUUCUCAAAUGUAACUGCCGCUGUCUUUUUUGCUAGCUUAGUAUUCAAUAUUGUCGGCAUGACUCAGAUCUUUGCCUCUUUCUGUACUUCAAGUACAUGAAGACGCCAUCUCGUCUGUAAACAAACCACUGAGUGGUAGCGAAAACUUGUCUUCCAUGCAAACUGUGGGAGACUGCAGCAGUUUGCUGUAACCAAAGUAAUCAGAGGUUUUCAGUGGAGCACUGGACACACCUUAUUUCAACUAGUGAUGGCACGCAACCUUCUGCAGCCACUUGCCAAUUGAUCAGGGAAUGCACAUUUUUUCCUAAAGACCGUUAGUUAUCAGCUGGUUGUGGAGGCCUCUGUGACUGGGACCUAACAGAGCAUCUGAGAUGUCCUGAUGAAUGCAGCUUUCUAACCAAGCUUGCUAGCAGUGUUCUUUUUUUUUCACGUUGGCAAAUAGUUGGUUCUUGACACAGUGAAAAGACACAUAAUAAAAUUUAUUUGGGGGGUGGCUGGUUCUGUCCAACUUGCCUUUCCUUUUAGCUCUAUUUUUCAUCUCCAUCAGCUUCUGAGGAAAAUAUCAAACUUUUAAGCUGCUGUGUUCACAAGCUAGUUUCUGACUUUGCUGUGUUUGUUUGUGUUUUCCCCUCCCUUUUCCCUCCCUUCCUCUGUCAAUGAAAAAAGUCAGCGAAAACGUAAAAAUCAACAAGCUUAAAAGAGUUGACAUAGAGUGCAGAGCUAGCGCUACACUAGCUCGUCAAACUAACUGCAUCUAAAUCCAUUACUGUGAAAAUUUUGAAUAUCCUUUUAACUUUCCUAUAAAAAGGAUAUCAUACAACAGCCAAAUCGAUUAUUCAUAACCUUGCAAGCAGCUCGUCCUUAUGAGUGGACUAUUACUGAUCUCUAAAGAAAUUAUUUAUCAUUAAGUAACAACUCCUGAACCUGUUUUAUGCUUUUCAGAGAGGGCACAGGGAAGGCUUGAAACACUUUUGUUAGGAGGCAAUACCAAGAAGAAUCCACAAGGUGGUGACAUUGACCUUUAUAUAGAAGUUUGAAGUUUUCUGAGGUGAACUGAAAGAUAAUCAUUUACUGCCUACCAAGCAAAUAAAAGCUGCUGUUUUAA